CUUUCAUUAAGUUUGAUAACUAGGAUGUGUCCAAACAUUUGCCUUUACUUUUACCAGCAUACAUACACACUAUUUACUUCACUACACAUACUGUAUUACAUCAAUAUAGCUAAAGAAAAUGUAAACAAUGGUUAUGUAAUGUAUAUAAUGGUUACAUUCAGACAUCUCACAGACUUGCAUUUGUUUAUUUUGUCAGUCUGUCUGCUUUAAAUGUUUUCCAUGAUCUGUCAUUCUCACUGGACAUUAUCUAAACAUGAGGUUACAUUGAUCAAUCCAAGGUAUAUUAAUCACAAGUGGUCAUUGUAAAGGACUUUAGAUUAAUUUAAAUGUGCUUUAUUGAAUUAUUUCAAAUAGCUAUGAUCACAAUACUAAUGCCUGAUGUUUUAAUCUACUCAAACAAUCUAAUCAUUUGUUAUCCCCUCCUUUGUUUUUCUGAGUGGAGUAACCAGUUGACAUCUGAGACUGGUCUCUGUGGACCACAUCACCAUGGCACCACUUUCACAUGAUACCACAGGUGACUUGCAGUCUCACAAUGUUGCCAUUGAGAAGGUGAGGUGCAUGAGAUGGAGAUCAGCUGCCCUUCAAUCCGGCAAGAAGAGAAAAACGCUUUUGCUUCGUGACUGUGUGCAAAAAUGUUUUUGGGUCACCACAGCCUCUCUGAUCAGCGUCACAUAAAAGGAAUUCCAAACAUGAAUGCACAAAAACGCUGCUUCUCAACAAGUUUUCUAAACCAGCCUUGUGUUAGACGAACAAGUUUGUCCUCGUUGUCCUCAUUUAUGUUAUUGACUCUGCUGGCAGUGUUCCUCAAAGCAAAUGCGACUUUCGCACUUAAAGUGACUUCUAGUGGACCUCAAACUAUACAGAUGGCUCAAGGGGAACGUGUUACAUUAGACUGCACCUUCGCGUCGACUCCAGAAGAUGUAGGCCAGCUUGACAUCGAGUGGUCCGUUGUCAGCCCAGAUACAACACAAAAGGACCACAUGAUCAUGUCAUAUACAGCUGGAAGGAAAUAUGUCCAUGGUGACAGUGCUUUCAUGAAAGGUGUGGAUUUCACAGCUGCUGACCCCGCCCAGGGCGACGCAUCACUCUCAAUCGCAUCACUCACCGCUGAUCAUGCUGGAACAUAUCAGUGCAAAGUAAAGAAAGCCCCCGGUGUGGACAGUCGAAAGAUCUCACUGGUCGUACUGGUAAGGCCGUCUGUGCCCAAGUGUUGGGUGGAUGGAGGCGCAGCGGUGGGUGAGCCGGUGUCACUGCACUGCAGGACGGAUCGCGGCUCUGCACCUCUGCUCUAUUCAUGGAAGAGAGAGAGCGGUGGUCCCAUUCCUUUAGAUGUUGUUCAGAAUUCCCUCACAGGAGAGCUUCUUAUCAGUAACCACUCCAUAAACCACAUGGGGGUCUACUCAUGCGAAGUCUCAAACGCUGUUGGAAAAGAAAGCUGUCGGCUUAACCUUCAAGCUGUAAAGCCUCCGAACAAAGCGGGAGUCAUCGCAGGCACUGUUGUUGGAUGUCUGCUGCUUAUCAUAAUAGUGCUGCUGGUUAUAUGGCUUCUUAUCUUUAAAUGUGAUAGAAAUCCACAUGAUAAAGAGUUCUCCAAUGAGAUCAGAGAGGAUGUUCCUCCCCCUGAGAGUCGCCCUACCAGCCGUGUGUCCAGCUUUCGAUCGGGUGUGGCCUAUAGCCAAGUGGACCAAACUCAUAAAGCAUAUUCUCCUUCAACUAACACCAGCCACAGCACAGCGAAGUAUGACAGCAGAUUCGGCUAUCCAGUGUGAUAGCGGAGGUGUUAAACGUACACUCUUAAAAUAGAGGUUAUUUGUCAGGCUGUAUGGUGGGAAACUAAUGGAAACUAAUUUGGGAAACUAAUGGAUCUUCAGGGAUAUCACUGGGAAGGACCCUUUCUAGCAUCUUUACUUUAAAGAUUGCAUGUUAUGCUAAUUUGAAUAUGCAAAAAAUUUUGUUGUUUUUUAAGACAUUGAGUACUCACGGCAAGGGUUCAAUUAAAGAUUUCCUCUUUGUAAUGAGAUUUCAUGUUUUUAUGUAUUUAGUUUUGUUUAUGUGUUUUUU